AUGAAGAUUAACUCUAACGUUGUCAUUAUUGGAAACAAGGUUGUACUUGUACCUUACAAAGAGUGCCAUGUAGAGAGGUAUCAUAAGUGGAUGUUGUCAGAAGAGAUUAGAGAGCUGACCGCAAGUGACUUGUUGACAUUGGAGGAAGAGUACGAGAAUCAACAAAGCUGGUACGUCGAUCCAAAGAAAUGUACCUUUAUCAUAUUGGACAAAUCAAAGCUAUCCAUUGACAACGAAAGCAAGCAAAUCAUUAGUAACUUAGAUGCGAUGGCAGGCGAUGUCAACUUGUUCUACAAUGACUAUGAAGAGGAAGGAACAGCAGAGGUCGAGGUGAUGAUUGCAGAACCCAGUUGUCGUCGUGGUGGAUUAGGACGCGAGGCCAUCGAGAUCAUGAUGCACUAUGCCAGAACAUCACUGGCCGACAUGACACAAAGAUUCAUCGUCAAGAUAGGCGAGAGCAACGCCGCGUCGAUUGAUCUCUUCUCCAAACUUGGUUUCCAGACAGUUGGUCAGGUCAAUGUAUUCAAAGAGGUCAACAUGAUACUAGAGAUCAACGGCAGUAACAACAGCAACAUGGAACAUCUGAUAUACAAACAA